AUGGAGACUCCUCCGAGCCAACAAUUGAUCGAUCUGACCGACAAUGACUACGAGGAACUCCGAAUUCAAGCGCCACAGCAAACUCCUCCUCAAGACCAAGAGACCAUCGAGUACGCACCACCCUCGCGGUCACGAUCGGGAUUGCGACAACCCAAACCCAAUACCUCCUUGAAGGCGAGCGAGAAUGGCUUCUACCAGCUAGUUCCUGCACGACCCAAGUCAUCGAAGCAGAAUGGGGUUGGAGCGGACAUAAAUGGAAUCAACGUAACACCGGUGGUUAGCACGAGGGUUGCCAUUCGACAGGAGAUUGCAAGCAAGACUGCCAAAUACAGAAACCAGUUCCUCAUUGACAAGAAGGAUUUCUGGCUCCCGCUCUUGCCUCCGCACAACUAUGUCAAGAAGCUGGUCGACCAGAAUGAACAGUUAUCUCCUGCUGAGCUAGCAGACCUGCCCACCGCUACUCCCUACGAGGAGAUCGACCGUCAACCUCGCGGAGUUACCGCCGUCAUGAAGCCAUACCAGCUUUCCGGCCUCUCCUUCAUGGUUUAUCUUCAUCGAAAUGGUUUGUCUGGAAUUCUCGGUGACGAAAUGGGUCUUGGAAAGACUCUACAAACGCUCUCGCUCAUCCAAUACCUGAAGGAACAUGACCCAAAGGCUGGCAGUGGAAGAUUGCAACGACCAUUCUUGGUUGUCUGUCCUCUUUCGGUCCUCAGCAGUUGGAUGGCCGAAAGCAAGAAAUGGACACCCGGUUUGAAGGCUAUUCGCUUCCACGGCCCUAAGCACGAACGAGAUCGCUUGAAGAAGAUUGUGGUUGGAGAAUUGGACAUUUACGGCAACCUGACUGCCCAAGCAAAGGCGAAAAUCAAAUCCCGACGAACUGCUGCUGGCAAGACUGUCAUCUCUCUGGAUACCGACUCCGAAGACGAAGAUGAUGUUGGCGUUGACUUGGUCGUCACCACAUAUGAUUCCUUCAAGGCCGAACAGUCGUGGUUCAAGACUGCCUUCGUCUGGCGAUACGUCGUACUCGAUGAGGGCCACACUGUCAAGAACCAUGCGUCUUUGACUUCGAAGUCUCUCCAAGGACUGAAGGCCGAAUACCGCUUGAUUUUGACCGGAACCCCUCUGCAGAACAACCUUUCCGAACUCUGGUCGUUGUUACAUUGGCUCUACCCAGAAGUUUUUAUCGACAAGACCAAUGAGCUAUUCGACACUUCAUUCAAUCUCUCCAAGGGUCAGUAUUCAAGCACUGUCCUGGAUGAUGCUCGUCGCCUGCUUGAGCUUAUUAUGCUUCGCCGGAUGAAGAAUUCCCCCGGUGUUGAUUUGAAUCUUCCACCAAAGACCGAAGUCCUUUUGUUCGUCCCGCUUUCACCCAUGCAGACAUUUUGGUAUAAGCGCAUGAUCACCAAAGCCGAUCAAGGCCUCCUGGAUGAAUUGUUCAAGGGGGUGAAAGACAAGGAAGAGGAGAGCAUGCGAACCCUCAAGAUGAUUGAAGAGCGCGAGGCUCAAAUGGAGAAAGCUGAAACCGAGGCACUGGAAAUCCUCGGGAAUGAUGAGUUGGUCGGCACUGAUGCAUGGAAGGAGACCAAAGCGAUUCUUGAGCAGACAGUCCAGCGAGAGCAUGAAGGUGAAAAAGCUAGGGAAGGCAAGAAAUCUGACUGGCAAAAACUGAUGAAUCUACUCAUGCAAUUGAGGAAAGUCUGCAAUCAUCCCUACCAGAUCCUGAAUGCCGAACCAGAUCCAUACCAUACUGGCGAUCACGUUAUCACAGCGUCUGGAAAAUUCAUCGUUCUGGAUAAGUUAGUUAACGAGCUCGUCAUUAAGCAAAAGAAGAAGAUCUUGAUAUUCUCCGGCUUCACCAAGAUGCUGGAUUUGGUUGAAGAGCUUCUGUCACUCCGAGGUGGUGAUGGCUCGCAAUUCCGCUCAAUGCGCAUCGAUGGUGGAACCCAUCGAGCUCGUCGCAACCUAGGUAUCAGACUGUUCAAUGAUCUCAACAGUGAUUACCGUGUCAUGCUGAUUUCUACACGAGCUGGUGGACUUGGCAUCAAUCUUGCUACGGCUUCUGAUGUUGUUCUCCUUGACCAAGAUUGGAAUCCUCAAAUCACUCUUCAAGCUGAAGCUCGUGCGCAUCGCAUUGGCCAAAAGAAUCCUGUCACAGUCUACAAACUUGUUUCGCAAGGAACAGUCGAGGAGCAGAUGAUGGGGCGCAUCCAGAAGAAGCUCUACCUCUCGGCAAAGGUCACAGAAGCCAUGCGAGACAUCCACACCAAGUUUGGCUCUGGAAAGAAGGGUAAAAAAGGUGUUGCAGCUGCGGAAGACGAGGAUAUGCCUCAGCUCAAUACAAUACAACUCAUGACAUUGGUACGCCGUGGUGCCUCUGCCAUCUCAAGACCUGAGAUUGACGUCAACGAGAUGUUGUCUUGGGACUGGGAGAAGACCGUUGCGAUGUGCAAAGACAAGCCGGCAGAUGUCAACGUGAAGAAGGAUGCUAUCCCGGAUGCAAAAGUUGAUGAGGAAGCAGAGCGAACGUGGCUUUCCGAGAUGGAGCGUGUCGAGGCAUCGAUCUUCGAGGGAAAGAAGUUGGCGAAGAUGGCGAAGGGCACGAACCGAGACAUCGCUGCAGAGUAUUUCAACAAGGCAGACCGACGCGUGGGCAAGAACACCACCAUCAUGGUCGACGGCUUCGCGAUCUCGAAGGAGUCGAUGAACUGCGGAGACUGGGAGGCAGUUCCGACGAUGGCUGGCAAGGAUCCUCGUCUUGCGGAGCGGAAGCGCGAGAAGAGAACCCCGAUCAUACCUCAAGAGCAUUGCCAGGUCUGCAUUGACGGUGGUGAGCUGCACUGUUGCCAAUUGUGCCCUCGAGCUUACCACUUCGAAUGUCUCGAACCUGAGUACCAGUCUAAGGCCAAAGGCUGGUCCUUUAACUGUCCUCAACAUAGGUGCUUCGAUUGUCACCAGGGAACUCAAGAUGCAGGCGGCAUGCUCUACCGCUGCAGAUGGUGUGAGCGCGCAUACUGCGAAGACUGCAUGGACUUUGAGGAAACCAUUCUCAUCGGCAAUACUCUGCAAGAGUACGAACUGCUUGGUUACCCCGACGUGGAACAAGCCUUCUACAUCCAAUGCUCUAGUUGCACCCACAAUUUCAAGGAGAACCCUAGAAACGCCAAGCUCUGUUCGGAUCUCGCCGACGGCAUUAGUCUUGCGUAUGAGAGCAGAUUCGGUCAGCUGUCACGGGAGACGAGUACAAGAGCUGGCAGUAUGACGGACGCGACGACUGUUGAGACAACUGGUAUGAACACACCGAUAGUCAUUGACGACGAUCGCGACUACGCAACCCCCUCCUCUCGCAAGCGGAAGAUGCAAGAAUCGCAUGUCGUCAAUCUCCCCUUUUCCCCGGCAUCAAAGAAGGGUAGAGUUGGCGUUUAA